GUUGUUAGGCUAUCUCAGCAUUUGUAUCGGUUCUCUCCCUUUUCGUCGUACGUGCAUGUGAUGUCGUGAAAAGCUCGUUUUCUUUUUACAUUCGUUAAUUAUUUAGUGUUUUUUUCCAUUAAAGCCACACGCAGACAUUAAAGAUGGUGAUUCCAGUUCAGGCAAAAAUUGUGAAGAAAGGCAAUUCAGGGCCUGAUCAAUUUGAACUGUCUAUUGCCCAAGCUCUUUUGGAGUUGGAAAACAAUAGUGACUUGAAAGCUCAGCUCCGAGAAUUAUAUAUUACGAAAGCUAAAGAAAUCGAACUCUUAGGCAAAAAGAGCAUCAUUAUUUAUGUGCCUAUGCCCCAAAGAGCUCAAUUCCAAAAAAUUCAAGCUCGUCUUGUGCGUGAAUUGGAAAAGAAGUUCAGUGGCAAGCAUGUCGUAUUCAUUGGUGACAGGAAAAUUUUGCCAAAACCAACAAGAAAAACUCGUACCCAAAAUAAACAAAAACGCCCAAGAAGUCGUACCUUGACAUGGGUGUACGAUGCCAUUCUGGACGAUUUGGUUUUCCCUGCUGAAAUUGUUGGCAAGCGCAUCCGUGUUAAGUUAGAUGGAAAACAGGUGAUGAAAGUACAUUUGGACAAAACUCAACAGACUAACAUUGAACAUAAGGUGGAUACUUUUGCUUCAGUGUACAGAAAGUUGACAGGUAGGGAAGUAACUUUUGAAUUCCCUGAACCAUAUUUGUAAAUCAUAAUUUUUAUUAAUAAAAAAAAAAAUUGAUUUUAGAA